AUGAGAUAUGAGGGGAUAUGGAUCAACAGAAGAGACAUUUCUUUCGAAGAAGAGUGGAUGGAAGAAAAAGAAAUACAUGGAGAUAAGUGUGUCACCUCAGAAAAGAGGCUGUAUAGAAGAAAAUGUCAAAAACACACUGUGGGAGAGGAACCUGGAGCAGUUGAUUGCAAUACAGAAAAUGAGAAAUUGGAGGUGUACUUUGACAAUAGUGUGAGCUUCAAAGGAGGAAUGUGUGGAGACUUCUCUGACUUCAUUGAGGAUAUGGAGUGGGAGAUCUAUGGCAUGCCUGCUGUGAAGAAUGUGAAGUCCUAUGAUUGCCACUUUGAGUCUUAUCCCGAUGUGACAUUCACUCUCUUGAAGAAAAGGUCCACCUUCUAUAUUGUCAAUAUCCUCAUCUCUUGCAUCCUCAUAUCUUUUCUGGCUCCCUUGAGUUUUUGUCUCUCUGCAGCCUCUGGGGAAAAGGUCUCCUUGGGAGUGACCAUCUUGUUGGCUAUGACUGUAUUUCAGCUCAAGUUGGCAGAGAUCAUGCUGAAUUCAGAAAAUAUCCCUCUGAUAGGAAACUAUUACAUAGCCACGAUGGUCUUGAUCACAGCCUCCACUGCCUUGAUCAUUAUGGUGAUGAUUCUGCACUUCUGUGGAGUCAAUGCCUGGCCAGUGCCAUAUUGGGCCAAGGUGGUUAUACUGAAAUACACAUUUACAAUCUUGCUCGUCUACAACAUGGAUGAGAGUCUCUUUAGCCUCUGCCAUGAUAAGGAACAGGAUCACCUUAUGAAGAUUUAUGACAAACUUCCAGAGUCUAAUCUGAAUACAGAUAGGCACAAAGGCCUUCCCAGAAAAAAUGAGAUGAACAAACUCAUGAAGAAUGACUUGGAGUACCAGGGAGAGAACCUGCAGGUUGCUUUGAGUUACUGUGCAUGGUACAAAGUGCUGAUGAGGAAUAUCAACUACAUUGCCAAGUGCCUCAAAGACCACAAGGCCACCAAAUCCAAGGGGAGUGAAUGGAAGAAGGUUGUGAAAGUCAUAGACCGCCUUUUCAUUUGGCUGAUGUUU